AUGAUUUAUGCUCGUUUUAAAGAUAAAAAAGAUAUUGAAAAAUUGAGAGUCACACCAUUAUCUGAUAAUAUAAGAUCUGAUCAAUAUUUUUAUGAAAUUCUUGUUUUUACUGGUCGACGAAGCAAUGCUGGCACAAAAUCAAAAAUUCAAUUUAUUUUAUCAGGUACUAAUGAUGAAACAAAUGUUCGAACAUUUUCUGAUGCUUAUCGAAAGAUUUUUCAACGUGGUGGAAUCGAUGCAUUUAUUAUGGGUGUUCCUAAAUCAUUAGGAUUAUUGAAUUAUAUUCGUAUUUGGCAUGAUAAUUCAGGUAAAGGUUCAUCAACAUCAUGGUAUUUAAAAUAUAUUAUUGUUCGAGAUUUACGAACAAUGGAAAAUUUUCAUUUUAUUUCUCAACAAUGGUUUGCAGUUGAAAAAGAUGAUGGACUUAUUGAACGUAUUAUUCCAGUUGCUAGUGAAAUAGAAAAACGCAAAUUUUCCCAUGUUUUAUCUAAAAAAGCUUAUCAUAGUAUUUCUGAUAAUCAUUUAUGGUUUUCAAUUUUUUCUCGUCCAGCUUCAAAUAAAUUUACACGUGUACAACGAUGUACUUGUUGUUUUGUUUUAUUAUUUACUUCAAUGUUACUUAAUAUAAUGUAUUAUGAUUUAUCAACUGAAGCAAAAUCGUCGAAAAAAACACAUGGUAGUAUUUUAUCAAUUGGUCCUUUACAUAUAACUCCUGAGCAGAUUGGUAUUGGUAUCAUGGUUGAAUUGUUAUCAUUAAUUCCAAGUCUUUUAAUUGUUCAAUUCUUUCGACGUAUUCGAACUCGUCAACAAAUUUCAGCAAUAUAUAAGACGUUGUAUACAAUUAAACCAUUUUUACAAAUUUCGGCACUAUUUUUUGCUUAUUGCAUUCGAACUUCACAUGAAGAUGAAGAAGCAAAUGAAUAUAUAGACGAUAAUGGAAUUGAUUUAAAUAAUAAUGAAGAUUAUCUUCAUUCAAUUGAGUAUGAUUCUUUAUAUAAUUUUCAAUCUCGAAAACCUGUGAAUCGUCUUAAUGAAAAUGAACUAGCUAAUGCUCGUCAAUAUCGUUUAAAAGAAAUUCAAAAGUGGUCAAUUAUUCGAGAAUUUUUCAUUUAUUUAACAUUUUUAACAUUAAUUUGUAUAAUAGCUUAUUCAAAUCGUGACUAUAAUAGUUUUCUUCAAGUUCAUCAUUUACGAAAAUAUUUUCUUAAUUCAAGACAAAUUAAUUAUGAUUAUACAAAGAUUUCAACAAUAAAUGAAUAUUGGAAAUGGUUAGAAAAUAGUUUUGUCUCAAAUCUUCGUGCUCAACAAUGGUAUAAUGGUGAUACUCCACGAAAUUUAAAUGGUUAUAUAAAUGAUAAAUCGAAUCGAAUAAUUGGCUGGUCAAUAAUGAGAUAA